CAGCUUUCUUCUGCCACCAUCCCCCUCGCAUCGGCACAUGCUGCUUAGGAAGGUUCUCUUGGAAGAUGCCUUGCAUUUAUAUCUGCUAUACUGUAGAAACAUGGGUGACCAGAUUGAUGUAUCAUCGACGUCCACACAAUUGCAAAACACACUGAUUCAGUACCACAACAUUCCAGAUGAUGAGUGGAGUGUAGCUAAGAAAUCAAGUGACGUAACGGUCUGGCGUAAACCAUCUGAAGAGUUUGGUGGUUGCCUCUAUAAAGUGGAAGGAGUUGUGAAAGAAGUUACAAACAGAAUUGUUGACUUCAUCCGCCCGGGGCCUUACAGACUGCAGUGGGAUAGCUUGAUGACGGAAAUGGAGAUAGUCAAAGAUUUGCACCAGGGCUGCUGUGUGAUGCGCUACACAACCGCUGGGCAGCUUCUAAAUAUUAUUUCCCCAAGAGAGUUUGUUGACUUCUCCUACACCACGGUAUAUGAAGAUGGCCUUUUAACUUGUGGUGUGAGUGUUGAACAUGAAAUUGUGAAGCCACACUGCGUCCGUGGCUUUAAUCACCCCUGUGGCUGGUUUUGUGUACCGCUCUCGGACACUCCUGAGCACAGCUUCCUGACGGGCUACAUCCAGACAGACCUGAGAGGAAUGCUUCCUCAGGGCACUGUUGACCUCGCUAUGGCAGGAUCACUAGUAAACUUCUACAGCGACCUCAGGAAGGCAUUACAGAAGACAUAGGCUUCCUAGAUGAUGGCUCACUCCAUGAGAUUGUUGCAUCAGUAACAAAAUAAAAGCAACAAAUCAUGAAUGUAUAGAAGGAAACAUUCAUUUUUUUGGUUGGUUUGUCUUGUAACUGAUGCAACACCUUCAUGGAAUGAGCCUGUUGCUAAAUGUAAGCCUUGCUGAGCCAUCAUUAGACAAUUAGAUAUUUUAAGAUGUAUUGCUUGACCAUUCCUUUAAGUCCACAUCCACACUUUGGGAGGGCCGGCUAUUUUAUUAUGAAGAAAAAUUGACAUAUAUUUUAUGAUACGGAUUCUACAGUAUUUAGCUUUUAGAAUUUUGCAAGCUGCUGCCACAUUUGUCUAGCUAAGUGUUUAGUGUCAAAAAUGAUAACUCUCCUUCCGUAUGGUAGAUUGAGCUAUGAAAAAGGAAUACACAUUGUCAUACAGUAUUCAUGGUGUAGAAGCACCUGCCAGCCACACACAGUGGAGGUGCCUAUUACUAUUGGUCCUGAGGUGAUGUGGCUGGUCCCUAGAGAAUUGAUAGGUCCACAAAAAUAUUUGCCCUCAUUGUGUGCAAGUGGCGGGAACUCCAUAACUUUCAUCACAUUCCAAAAACCUUUUCUUUGAUUAAUUUCACCUCCAAAUAUUUUCUAACCUCCAAAAUAAGCAUUUUACCUUUGGUGCUGUGUAUUGAUUUAUACAUUUUUAUUGCACUGUACUUGAUAUUUACUUUUUAAGUUAUUUUUAAUUCUUUAUAAUUUAUUUUGAAAACAACAUGUAAACUUUAUUUAACUUAAAAUGAUACAGCUUUUAGUGAAAUGUUAUUAUAUUACAGUGUUAAUAAUUUAUAGGCUAACAAGUAUUGUAAGAUGAAUUAUAGAGUUAUACAUCAUUUUAAUAAUUUAAGAUUGGCUGUGCAGUGCUGUCUUCUGUAUAAAACUGUGGGGGUCAUUCCGAGUUGUAUGCUCGUUGCCGAUUUUCGCAACGGAGCGAUUAAGGCAAAAAUGCGCAUGCGCAUGGUUCGCAGUGCGCAUGUGGGGGGUCAUUCCGAGUUGUUUGCUCGCUAGCUGAUUUUAGCAGCAUUGCAUACGCUAAGCCGCCGCCCUCUGGGAGUGUAUCUUAGCAGAGCAGAAGUGCGAACGAAAGAUUAGCAGAAUUGCGAAUAGAAAUUUCUUAUCAGUUUCUGAGUAGCUCCAGACUUACUCAGCCAUUGCGACCAGCUCAGUCCUUUUCGUUCCUGGUUUGACGUCACAAACACACCCAGCGUUUGCCCAACCACUCCCCCGUUUCUCCAGCCACUCCUGCGUUUUGCAACUCGAACGCCUGCGUUUUUCCGCACUCUCCCAUAAAACGGCCAGUUUCCGCCCAGAAACACCCACUUCCUGUCAAUCACACUACGAUCAGCACAGCGAUGAAAAAGCUUCGUUAUGCCGUGAGUAAAAUACCUAACUUUUGUGUAAAAUAACUAAGCGCAUGCGCUCUGCGAACCUUGAGCAUGCGCAGUAAGCGACUAAUCGCAGUAUAGCAAAAAUCGGCAACGAGCGAACAACUCGGAAUGACCCCCGCGGUUAGUAUUUUAGCUCAAAACUUAGUAGAUUUACUCACGUCCGAACGAAGAUUUUUCAUCGUUGAAGUGAUCGGAGUGUGAUUGACAGGAAGUGGGUGUUUCUGGGCGGAAACUGGCCGUUUUCUGGGAGUGUGCGGAAAAACGCAGGCGUGUCAGGGAAAAACGCGGGAGUGUCUGGAGAAACGGGGGAGUGGCUGGACGAACGCUGGGCGUGUGUGUGAUGUCAAACCAGGAACGAAACGGACUGAACUGAUCGCUAUUUGUGAGUAGGUCUGGAGCUACUCAGAAACUGCUAAGAAAUUUCUAUUCGCAAUUCUGCUAAUCUUUCGUUCGCUAUUCUGCUAACCUAAGAUACACUCCCAGAGGGCGGCGGCUUAGCGUGUGCAAUGCUGCUAAAAGCAGCAAGCGAGCGAACAACUCGGAAUGACCCCCUAUGUUCAAUCUAUUUUCUAUUUAAACAACAUGGGGCUUAUUCAGAUUUAGGAGUAAGAAAAAAGGGGGCAAUUUUGUUGUAAUUUGAGGGAUGCAAAUUUUAUUUUUUGGAUGCAGAGAAAAUACUGACUGCUCUGUAGGUAGUGAGCAAAUGCAGGUUAUUUUCGUACUGAAAUUUAGAAUAAAGCUUGUACACACCCCUUCCCUAUAUAAAUCUCUCUGCACAUCAUUGCUGCCACAACUGCAGUACAACAUGGUUUUACCAAGGUGCAAAUUGCUCCUUUUUUCUGUUCUUACUCCUGAAUCAGGCCCUGCAGUAUAUGUGAAACUGUACUAUUCACUAGGUUUGUAUUGCUGCGAUACUGUACAUGCCACUAUUUAUAUCUGUUUGUCCAUUUUUGCAAGAAACAUUAAAUCCAGGACAGGGUUUAAAAUUA